CACAGAGGUACGGUCACUGCUGGCCCUUUGAAGUUUCACCUCGGCUCAUCCUUUGACGCCAGUUCAAAUCCAAGAGGCUCGCAGCUUGCAACGAAAAAAUUACACCCUUACAGCAUCCAUCGGGAACUAGGAGAGAUAUCUAGGAGUCAUUAGUGAACAAAUAUAAGAACUGUUAAUCUCCAGUGGUGAUUCGGUGUACGAUUGUGAAAUAGUUGAAAAUUGGCCACAGGAUCCUGGCGAUGAAGAGCAGAAAAUAUCGGAUUGAAGAUAAACACUAAUGAAAGAAUCCUCCAUUUAAAGUUACUACCAGAGCAACAACCAAAAGAAACCAUGGCUUCAGAAAUAUCACCAAGCUUAUCUCAAGAUCCACCAUCUACUGAUCCGAACCCAGUAACGAAGAGUCUCAACUUCUCAAUUGCGAAAAUAAUGGAACCCGACGCAAAAUUAUUGAAGAAAACUUCGGACCACGAGCGAAUCAAGCAAGCCCACAUCCCUUACUCUUCACCUUUAGAGUCCGCUUUCAAGAAAUACGUACCGAACGUACUGAGAUCACCUGAGCUGCUUCAACAAUACCCUCUAGUCUAUUACCACCCAAGUCAGCUAAUGUUAGGAUCAGUAUCAGUAUAUCCUGGCUCUGAAGUCAGGACUUCAAGCUCAUUUCCUGAAGUUGCCACUGCGCAACAGCUCACCAAAAUAUCGACUAUGAAGAGAUCGAGCCCUAUUGAGCAGAAGACCAACACAUCGCCGACUCAAGCCAAACAGAAGAGUUUUGAGUGUGGAGAGUGCGGUAAAGUGUUCAACGCGCACUACAACCUUACUAGGCACAUGCCGGUCCAUACUGGAGCCAGACCUUUCGUUUGCAAGAUAUGUGGUAAAGGUUUCAGGCAAGCUUCUACCUUGUGCAGACAUAAGAUAAUUCAUACAUCGGAGAAGCCUCACAAAUGCCAUACUUGUGGAAAGGCGUUCAACAGAUCUUCAACCCUGAACACCCACGCUAGAAUACACGCAGGGUAUAAACCCUUCGUAUGCGAGUAUUGUGGAAAAGGAUUCCACCAGAAGGGAAAUUACAAGAACCACAAGUUAACGCACAGUGGGGAGAAGGCAUACAAAUGCACGGUUUGCUCCAAGGCUUUCCACCAAAUAUACAAUCUCACUUUCCACAUGCACACCCACAAUGAUAAGAAACCUUUCACGUGUAGAGUUUGCGGAAAGGGUUUCUGCAGGAAUUUCGAUCUGAAGAAGCACAUGAGGAAGCUGCACGAAGGAUCAACAACCAAUGAAUCUGACUUCCUACCGGCAGGGCCCGCCCAAGGCUCUGUUUAUGGAGCAGAUAGGGAUAUCCACCAUUUCAUCAGCCCUUUUUUGCUGCCGUCAUCCUCACGUCCUCCUGUGCCAGUUUAUUCAUCGAAAUUGUUAUGACCUAUAUGAGGGGGCAAAUGCCAUUAAAGAAUUCUAUGAUCUCUUUUUCAAUGUGCAAUAUAUGGAAAAUUUGUCCUUCACAAGUUAGGC